CGGCUGAUGGGAGCGGAAGCAUUCACGCAAGUGGAGCAAAAAUGCGGUAGUUGCACUCGACUAACCUCCGUCAGCUAUUGGCAAUGAAAAUUCAAAACAUCCAGUUCAAGUUCAACUGGCGCAGCACGUUUGCUAUGAGGAAGCGACGGGUCGAUCACCUCCAAGCUCGUCUUAAAUAGCGGACUUUUUCCAGAGGACAAACCAUUCCAGCCGCCAACUCCUUCCACCAUGAAGCUCACCAUCUUCUCCCUGCUUUUAAUCGCUGCGUGCAGCCUAAUGGAGGCUUCGCCAUGUGACGACUGUCUGGAGUGCUACACCGUCCCUCCUCAAUGCGCCUUGAAGGGCUUCAACACCAAGCAGGCCCUCUACAAGAGGUACCCGCUGCUCUACAGGCUCUACGAGAACAAGUGCAAGCUCUACUGCAAUAAACUGAACGGCGGCGCCUGCAGCUGCUCAGCUCCUCUAGCAGUCUCUGGAGCUUCAGCUCCAGCUCCAGUGGCUCCUCUUCAAGCAACUCUGCCUCCGGAAGUCAUCAGGGCACUGUUUGCCGGCCAAUUGCAGCCCGAAGGAAGCUGCCCCUGCUGCUCGUAAAGCUCGGAAAAGUCCAAUAAAUCAUUAGAUAGAAACAAA